CAGUUUCAGUGAAACACUUCAGACAGAGCGAGUGAGGAAACAGCGAUGGGUUUUCUGCUGCCAGUUCUGCUCGCUUUGUUCGUCUCUCUGCUCGGGGGACUUUACCUCCUGGGAGCUUUCCGCCGCCGCCGGCCGGGCGAACCCCCGCUAGAUCGAGGCCCCCUUCCAUGGCUGGGUCAUGUGCUGGAAUUCAGGAGGGACACUGCGAAGUUCCUGGAGAGGAUGAAGAAAAAGCAUGGGGAUAUUUUUACGGUGCAGCUCGGAGGGUUCUACUUCACCUUCCUGACAGAUCCACAUUCCUUCGGAUCGGUGGUCAAAGAGGCUCGAGGUAAACUGGACUUUACUGAGUUCGCCCGGCAUCUGGUUGAGCGAGUUUUUGGGUAUCAUUCCCUAACAGAUGACCACAAGCUUUUGCAAGCCUCCAGCAACAAGCAUCUUAUGGGAGAGGGGUUGGUUGAAAUGACUCAGGCCAUGAUGAACAACCUCCAGAACCUCAUGUUGUACAGCUUGGGAUCUGGUGAAGAUUCUGCCAAUUGCGCCAAUUCCAUCAAUUGCGCCAAUUCCAGCAAUUCCACCAACUGCGCCAAUUCUGCCAAACCUUCCAAACCCUGGCGUGAAGAUGGACUCUUCCUGUACUGUUACAACAUCGUCUUCCGUGCAGGUUACUUGGCGCUCUUUGGCAAUGAGGCAGUAAAAACCUCUGGAACUUUGGAGAAAUCCAAGGAAGUUGACCGCAAUCAGUCUGAUGAACUCUUCCACGAAUUCCGGAAGUACGAUCAACUCUUCCCCAAGCUGGCAUAUGGAGUCUUGGGUCCCUUUGAGAAGAUGGAGGCCGAGCGACUGAAGAGGAUGUUCUGGAACAUUCUCUCGGUGCAGAAGGUGACGUCCAAGGAGAACAUCAGCCCCUGGGUGAGCGAGGCGCAGCAAGUCCGGGCCGAGAACGGCAUGGACGAGGAAAUGCAGAACAGGUACAUGUUCCUCCUGCUUUGGGCGUCCCAGGGCAACACAGGUCCUGCAUCUUUCUGGUUGCUUCUUUUCCUCAUGAAGCACCCUGAAGCCAUGAAAGCCAUCAGGGCUGAGGUGGAGGAGGUUCUCCGACAAACCGGGCAGGAGGUGAAGCGAGGUGGACCACUGAUCAAUCUGACCAGAGACAUGCUACUCAAAACCCCCGUUCUGGACAGUGCGGUGGAGGAGAGUCUUCGGGUGACAGCCGCCCCCGUGCUGACCAGGGCCGUCCUGCAGGACAUGACCCUGAAGAUGGCCGACGGGCAGCAGUACAACAUCCGGCAGGGCGACCGAGUGGCCCUGUUCCCGUACACCGCCGUCCAUAUGGACCCGGAGGUUCACCCCGACCCCCAAACCUUCAAAUAUGACCGAUUCCUCAACCCGGACGGCAGCAAAAAGACGGACUUCUACAAAGACGGGAAGAAACUCAAGUACUUCAUCAUGCCGUGGGGCGCCGGCGUCACCAUGUGCCCCGGGAGAUUCUUCGCCACCAACGAGCUGAAACAGUUCGUCUUCCUCAUGAUCACGUAUUUUGACUUUGAGCUGAAGAACCCAGAUGAGGAGAUUCCAGACAUAGACACCAAGCGAUGGGGAUUCGGCACGAUGCAGCCAACCAGAGACAUCCAGUUCAGAUACAGGCUCAGAUUUUAGCCUUGUUUUGCUAGCUCAGUUUGUUAGCUUAAUGCUAAUCAUCAUUUCAUAUUAUAUUAUUGUCGGUUAGAUUUCUAAAAAUGUUACAAAUGAGCAUGUCUCUUCUUUAUUGAUAUAUUAUCUCCUAUCUAUCAGAAUCAGACUCAGUGGGAGCGAUAUAAGGUUAUUUAAGAUUUUAGAAAAGUUUUAAUCACAUCCACAAUGUAUGUCGAUUUUUUAUAGUUUUCUUUUUUGUGAAACUUUAUGAAAUAUUGUUUUAACCCAAAGUGUUUGCAUGGUUAUAAACUCUACACUGUAAAAUACAACACAGGUUUGAUUGAUUGUUUAUUGAGAACGAAAUAAAUCAGAUCAGGUAAAAAAAAAAAAAUCCAAUCAUACAAACAUAUAAUCUGUCCAAUAUGUAAUAGAUGUACACUACAGGUCAAAAGUUUUAGAACACCCCUAUAGUUUAUUAGUCUUUUUUUUUAUAUCUUUAUUAUUGCACUUUUUCAUCAGUCAGACUAACUUAACUCUAAUUCUUCUAACUUCUAAUUCUUCUGAGCUAAAGGCUAAAGCUGCUGUUUCCAUGUGGGUUAGCCAGACGUCUUCCUGUAGCAGUUGUCUCCAGUUUCCAGGAGGUGUAGAAAACAGUACUCACCGCUCUCGUCUUCAGACUAUUAUUAUGGUAUACGAUUUUUUUAUUUCAAUAAACUAUUUUUUUUUUUUUUACAAAAAAAGUUUAUUUUAAGUUUUUGGUUCAUUUGUUUGCUGUAAAGUUCCUGGCCAAAAUGUUGUACACUGCAUUUUGUACAUUUCUGUUUUUUGACUGGACAUAAAGAUCUUAAAUUGCAAAAAUAAAAGGGAUUGUUCUAAAA